CAUUCCAUUCAUCGACAAGUCACGCAUUGCUUUGCGCUAAGAAUAUUGUUCUCCCAUGUAAACACUAAGAAGACUCUGCUUUUGCAAUACGGGGAGUGCAGGCACCCGUCCGACUGCCAUCUCUUCAUCAAUGUGUCAUCAUGUUUAUGUAAUGAGAAAUCAAAGGUAUCUGUGUGUGGAUGAUUGUGGUUGGCGCCCGCAUGCAAACGUUUAAGAAUGCUUCACAGUCAUAGGCAGCACCAGACUGCUAUCGUACCCCGAUAGCACUCCGGGUUGGAAGUAUCAAGUAUUACUGCGACCAUGUGAUGUAUUUACCAUAAUAGGUCACCCCCACUGCAAUAAUUCAUUAAACUUUUGAAGUCGAGCUACUGUACUGUUAAAGAACGCUAAAUACGUUAGCGACUUCAUGAUGGGUGAAUAAUUAUUUGAGUAAGUGAAAGUAAGUGAAAAUAUCCACAGCUACUUUUGCAAACAUUUAGGUAGCAAAGUGGUGUUAUCGACAUGGAGGCCAGUACAAACGGAACUGGGUGGGUCAAUGGACCAACUUCCUGCAACGGUUGGACACAAUCGCAACCUGCCGUCUACCAACUUGGCUGCUUUGUCAUCAUCAACGGCCUGCUCGUCCCCCCUAACGUUGGUAUAUACCAGGCCUUAUGGCUACGCAUCUGCCUUGUCAUCGGGCUCUUUUGCCACGUGCUGUGGGCCGGACCAGCACUAUGUUGGCCUGAUGGUCUGGCGUGGGAGCUUUCUGCCUUGUUCGCCAACAUCGGUCAUCUCAUCUACCUCUCCUAUCUCACCUACCCAGUGAAUUUUGACGACGAUGUGCAGAAGAUAUACGGAGCUCUCUUCAAGCCAUUCAACGUCAGUCGGCAGCAGUUUCGCGUGCUGCUUGACAAAGGAGGUGAAAUCUACGAACUGGACAGAACGGGGCAUUAUGCAGUGGAAGGACGAACGAGAACAGACCGGGUACUGUCCUUACUGAUUUCCGGAAGGAUGAGAGUUACAGCUAGUGGUGGUUUCUUGCACAAUGUAUACCCAUCUCAAUUCCUCGACUCUCUCGAAUGGCAGAGCAACCGGUCUGUUACUUCGGCAGCUGGCCCGUCUAGUUUUCAGGUAACCGUAACUGCAGAUGUAGACUGUCGGUACAUUCAAUGGCAGAGGAAAGACCUUGACAAAUUCCUCAGAAAGGAGGCUUUCAUGAGGGCAGUCUUCGAGACAACUAUCGGUAAAGACAUCAACACUAAACUUUACUCCAUCAACGAGGACAACGAUAAGCCAGUUGCGCCACCACCGAGCACCCAGCCUACAAACAAGAUGACCACCCUUAAACAGAUGAGCGUGCCGGAAAUAGCUGAGAUCUGCUUACCAGAUGAUGAGGAAGAAGAAAGUGGGCUACUCUCUCAUAAAUGGGAGCGGGCACUUUCACUGGAUGAUGAUGCUGGGAUUGGUGGUCCGCCAUUGCACACUACCGGGGGAAUGGGCUUAACUGUGCCCACAGGAUCGGGAAGUACAGCCAGUCUGCAUUCGGCACGAUCCAUGGUGGACAUCAGAGCGAGUAUUGCAUCGGGGAGAGGAGCCGACGCAACGCGCCGUUCAACCCUCGGCCAAGCAGAGAGGCCCUCGAGGCUCAACAGCAUGACGUCACACACAAGCGAACCAAUGCUAGAGGGCAGUUCUAAGAGAAGCAGCUUUCAGUCAGACGAUGGUCAUCAGUUCCUCAACCCAGACCAAAGAGAAACACACUAUGUAUCUUCAGUUUAAAGACAAGUCCACAACCACGGAAAUAUGUGAAAGCAGAAUACAGUAAUGCUUGCCAAAAAGUUGCAGGAAAGUUUUUAAGGCGUGUCACCUCUUGUGGGCUAGCCUUUUCUGCGUUGGAGCAUACAACUUUCCUCCACUUAAAACUGCCUUGAAGUUUUUUUAUAUUUGGAGCUUUGAUUACCAUGUGUACAAAACUCAUCAACUCGUUACAGAGAAAAAAACAAGGGGAACCCCCAAUGGGUUGGUGUUGGGGAGGGGGUGGGAUGAACCCGAAGACAUGAGGGAUCAAUGCCAAAGGAGAGUUCAAGACACCCUGGUCAACAUCUUCAGAAACAGAUCACCAGAAAUAUAGGAUAAGGAAAGCAAUGUCUUCUUGUGUCUUAGAACUCACAAGAAUAGAACAAUUUAAAGGUCAUGAAUGAUAAUCACAGACCAGAAUACCACAACCAUCUCACAAGUUGCCAUCCCAACCGAUUUAAUUCUGAUUGUUAAGUGUGCUAUGUAUUAUGGUAAUGAAGUAUCAUUUCAUGAACCAUCUGUCCAUCUGGACCCAUUUUCAUAUAGAGCUGCUUAUGUGGAAAAUGUUACUUAACAAAUUUCUUCUAAGCAGAAUUGAGCAGGAUACCAGUCACA